AUGGGAGUGAACCUGCCGAUGCCCUCUGGCUCGAACUCCGAUACUAAGGACCCACUUCUCGCGGGCGCUAUCAAGAAAUUGCAAUUGUCAAACCAAGAACUGGAAGAUGCGAUCAGACAGUUUUCGCGUAAUGGUAUGCUAAAUAGUAUCAUUCUGCAGCUCUGGCGCUCCCCCCCUGCCGAAGAAGUCGUUCAAAGUAUGAUCCAGAAAGUCAGAGCUGCUCACCCGUCCAUAACCGAGGCUGUAAUCGCGGAGAACGAGAACGCCAUGAUCAGCUUCGUCAAGAACAAACACGGCUACUUUCGAUCGCAGAGCAGGAAAAUCUCCCUCAAACUGGUCAAAAAACUAAAGGGAAUUUAUCUUGUUCCCAAGGCCGAAUGUCGGAACCCAGAAAAUGGCCAGCCCUACACAGAUGGCGAGAUCAAGAAGAUAAUGGCCUCAAAAGCUAGCGAAAAUCUCCUCGGUUAUUUCUAUCUUCAUGGAACAUUUCCCAAUGACGAUGAGUUCAACUACCGAAUGUUGAAGAAGGUCAAGGUUGCAGGUGGGGAAGAGCCUGAGGGUUCUACAGCUGCCGUGUCUGCGGAUGGCCAGAUGCGUUCAGAUGCUGUGGGCUCUGUGAGCCAGGCAAAUCAGCGCCUCCCUGACACUGGCCGCUUCUCUAGCCCUUUCCUUUCGGACCUCGCCAUCGAUAUAGCCGAAAAGUCUCAUAUCUACACCAGAAACCCAGAGGCCUUCACAUCGCAACAAACUGUUAUCCGACUGAUGGCGUUCGCGGGAGUUGUGAUUCAUCAUCUUCUACUCGAGGCACAAUCUCCAGCGGGGAUGAAAUUUGAGUCUGACGUUUUGGAGCCUGUCCAUGACUGGACUGUUUCUUCUAUGUUAGCAACCCUUGGAGACCCUUUGCACAAAGAGGAGCUUGGUGGAAUUAUUCGUGGCAUUGUGGAUAAGUUGAGGGAUCCGAGCUUACGAGUCACAACCGACACUCCCAAGUUUGUCAAGCCCAAACGGAAGCGUAACUCCAAGACCCAAGCCUAG